UGGACUUCGAGCUGGAGGAGCUCUCCUCGGUGCCCUUCGUCAACGGGGUCCUCUUCUGCAAGAUGCGGCUGCUGGACGGCGGCAGCUUCACCGCCGAGUCCUCCAGCUCCGGGUCUGUGCAGUGAGGGAAAUGCCAGCUACGUUUUAGAGUUGGUGUGAGACUAAGCUUCAUGUUGUAAACUCUGAAAUGGUCGCUCGUGUCGCUGAAAUAGAGAGAAACUAGAGGAUUCGCGUGCAUUUCUGUCUCAUGCAUGAUGUCCUACAAGGCUCGGAAUUCUGCCCUUCAUCUUGUAUAUUAAACAUUUAGAAGUGUACCCAACACAGAGAAAAUAAACGUGCAUUGAAUGAGUGAUGAAGAGUCACUUUAAACUGACUGACAGGGAGGUGGUGCAAGCCAACUGUGUUCGCUGGAGAAAGAGAUUCUCAUUUAUGUGCAAGAUGAGCGCCGGCGCCUCCACCGGCGUCCUGGACCCUUGUGUCUGCAGAGUGUCUGUACGGAAGGAAUUAAAAGGUGGCAAAGCUUAUGCAAAGCUGGGCUUUGCAGAUCUAAACCUGGCAGAGUUUGCCGGAUCAGGAAAUACCACCCGCCGCUGUUUACUGGAAGGCUAUGAUACCAAAAAUACAAGACAGGACAAUUCCAUUCUCAAAGUUUUGAUCAGUAUGCAGCUGAUGUCUGGUGACCCAUGUUUUAAAACACCUCCCUCCACAUCCAUGUCAAUCCCGAUCGCUGGAGAAUCGGAGUCUUUGGAAGAGGAUCGGAAAGGUGGAGAGACUCUCAAAGUGCAUCUCGGAAUAGCAGAUCUUUCAGCAAAGAGUGCCUCUGUUCCAGAUGAACUUGGUGCCUGGGGACAUUCUAGAACAUCAAGCUAUGCAAGCCAGCAGUCCAAAGUAUCAGGGUAUAGCACGGGUCACUCCCGGUCGUCCAGUUUCUCCGAGUUCUGCCACAGAAGAAAUACCUCAGUGGGCAGCACAUCAACAGGGGUUGAAAGCAUCCUGGAGCCAUGUGACGAAACUGAGCAAACCACAGCUGAACCGACUCUUGACCCAGCCGAUAAAGAAGAAGACGCUUCUGAGAAAGCCUCCAGAUGCCCAGUGAAGCAGGAUUCUGUUGAAUCUCAGCUGAAGCGGGUUGAUGACACCAGAGUGGAUGCUGAUGACAUUGUGGAGAAGAUCCUGCAAAGUCAAGACUUCAGUCUCGACUCCAGCGCCGAAGAAGAAGGACUCAGGUUAUUUGUGGGGCCUGGAGGAAGCACAACCUUUGGCAGCCAUCACCUUCCAAACAGGGUAGGAUCUGGAGCCUAUGAGCAGGUAGUGAUCAAACGCUAGAGGGGAUGCGGGCCGUGGACAGACUCACCGGUGGACAGACGCUUCCCUGGGGACGUGAGCUGUGGACACCAGGUGUUUCAAGGUGUUUUAGUCAAGCAUGUGAGAAAAGCAAUGAAUUCAUUUUCAAAGCGAAGUUCAUCCGUGCAGAGGAAAGCAGCGCUGGCUCCUUCUCAGAGCACCCCCCAGCAUCCGUACCAAGCCACUCGCCCACCCUUCUCGGAGCAGAGCACCCCCCAGCAUCCGUUGGGAGCCAUCGCCCACCCUCCUCCGAGCAGAGCACUCCCCAACGUCUAUCCGCAGCCAUCGCCCACCCUUCUCAGAGCGCCCACCCUUCUCGAAGCAGAGCACCCCCCCCCCCGCAUCGGUCUGGAGCCAUCGCCCACCCUUCUCGAAGCAGAGCACCCCCCAGCAUCCGUACCGCGCCUUCGCCCACUGAGGGAGCAUGGGAAUGGAGGGUAAAGGCCUGGCCUGCCUCAGCACCCCUUCUGCUUGUACUUUUUUUUUUUCAAAUUUUUAAGUAAUCAACUUUAAUUGCAUGAUUUACAACAGUUGAAGGGUUUUGCUUUCUGUUUUCAAGUUUUACAGAACGUGGGGGUGGGGCAGAGCAAGGAAGGGAAGAAACUUGGGACAUUUGCCUGUUAGGGUCACCCCGCUGGCCAUCUGCUUGUCCUUUCGAGGCACCCCGAGGAGGGUGGCACUGGGCACAUCUGAGUGUGAUUUUGGUGUCCCAACACAAAAAUCCAAGGCAGGGGCGCUCAACAGCUCUGGGCUGUGUCUAAAUUUUACAUUUAAGAGACAGUGUGGGAGGUCAGUUUAAACUAUCAAAAUAACUAUCAAAAUGCUAUCCAAAUAACUGUAAUUCCUAUUAAGUAAAUCUUCCAUGUCCCACUACCUAUAGCAUGGUCCUAAGCGUAUUAACGCCUUUACACAGUAAUUGACAGAAGGUGGGUGUCUGUGCUUUGGGACUUAAACACUUUAAGUACUUCAUAUUUCUAAAUGUUUCCGACGUAAGUCAAAGGGCAAGUGUGCCCAAGUCUGAGACAGCUGGACGGAAGGAGCGCUGAGCCUGUGCCUCUGCGGUGUAUAUUGUCCCUUGCCGUUACUAUCAGAUGGGCUGCAAAAGCCCCAGCCGCUCCCUGUAAGAGUCAAGGUGAGCUUACUAAAGAUCAGGAUGUUAGGCUACCGAAGGCAAGCUAGGAGAAAAACUCGAUUAUGAUCCAUCCAGUGCUGAGACUUGCUGGGCUCAGCAGUCAAAAGGAAGACUGAGAUGCUCAGUCUUAUGUGAACUGACACUCCCCAUGCCAUGCUAAUGGACAGACGUCUGAGCGGCUGCUGGAUUUCACUGUCGCCACGAGACUGGCACGUUCCUAUUUUAGCCUCUUUGACCAGAGACUGUUUUCUUUGCUGUGUCAGAGCUGAGCUGUGUGAAACCAGCGUAGACUGUAACAUACCUCUACUACAGCUUUUAGGGUGCAAAUAUCUAGUCUGGAUCCAUGUUACCAGCACAGCACACAGCUGUGGUGUUUCUGAUUUUUGACAGUACCCGUGUAGAAAGAACUAAACUUCCCUUCGCUGAAGAGAGGCAUGAGGUGGUACAGAGCCAGCAAUGCCCCUUCCCCACCUUCACAAUCAUGUCUGAGUACACAGUAGGUCAGCACAGGCUUACUGUGACCAAGAUCCUUUUGUGUUGACAAAGUAAUAGAGUUAUGUUUGAAUAUCCAGAUUGGGAAGUUUGGAAAAAAGUGGAAUUGUUCGUGUUAGAAUUUGCAUUUUAAUAUCGCAAGAAUUAGGUAGUCUACAUUAAUCCAAAACCGAUGUUACAAAUAGAUGCUGAUGUGUUUAAGCAGAUGACACCCCAUUUUAGAAUGUUGUGAAUACUGAGAGAGGAUUUUCUAAAUUAUGCUAGGACAUGUUUGGAGGUUGGGGCAUUGACACGGACAUCUUUCCCAGGGAAGAUGCCAUCUGCAUAGGUGAGGACAUGCUUCUCAAGGGGGCACAUCCACUGUACGCUACAAAAAGAUCAAAGGACGUUUUCACUAAUAUUAUUUAGAGAUGUUUAUUCUGACAAUUUUAAAAGCAUACUUUUCUAUUUUAAAAUAUGAUUUCUAGGCUAUAUUUUUAUUGGCACUUCUGCAAAUGAUUUCGGAUCCUAAAGAUGGCAGUUAAUAACACUGGAUUGUGAGCAUGGCUCACCGAAGCCUCUCAUCAGACACAUACAAGGUGCUGAAAUCAGGGCAGAGUCGCUGCCUUACUUAGCCUGGCUGCUCUGGGCCCUCUGACUUUGUACAAGAUUAGGUCUUGGUAUUUUAAAUGAUACAGAAUCCUUUUCAGUCGGUAGAGUGUUUGCCUGGACCACACAAAGCCCUGGGUUCAGUCCCCAGUACAUAACCAAGCGUGGUGGUGCACGCCUGUAACCCCAGCACUUGGGAGGUGGAGGCAGGAGGAUCAGAUGCUUAAGGACAUUCUUGACUCCAUAGAGAGCUAGGGGUCAAACUAGACUGUAGGAUGCCCUGUCUCAAAAAGGAAAAAUGAAAAUGUGAAGAGAUCUUGAAAACUGUAAAAAAAAAAAAAAAGCCUUUUUUUCUUUUAGCAGCUACUAAAUAAUCUUGACCUAUAUAUCAUUACAUAAUAAAAAAAAAUCACUUAGUAAGUAGCAGCAUUGAGUAGGAAGGGGAAAGACUGGCUGUGAUGCUAUAGGCGGCAGAAAUCCGAAGUCUCCUUCCCUCGUGCUCCAGAGUGUGAACUGCAUUCACAUUUCAGUGCAGCCCUUUCGGAGGGGUGAAGGGAUGGAUGCUUGGGUGCUCUCCUAACCCUUACUUCCUGCAGGGCAUCUGUUGUCAGUCUCUCAGACACGAGGCUAGGUACCAAGUCUACUUUUCAUUCUGCUUUGAGCUUAGAAGACAAUAGACUUGGGAAAGUAGAGGCUUACCAAGUUAUUCUUUUAAUAUUUAGGCCAAAAUUUCAAGUCCAACCUUGGAGAAUGUUUAGGUAUGAACUGUGUUCUUCUUCCGUCCUAGAGAAAAGACCACCCGCACUCUUUAAAGCUAGUGUUCAUGACCAGAAGAGAGCAUCUAAAAUACCUUGUUCAGAAGAAUGCACGGGCCAGUCAGGAGAGUGCCUCCUGCCGCAGGCUGAUGCCAAGGCCAAUGGCGACAAGCCCAUAUAGGAUGUGAAGCUUAGGAAAAGGCAGAGGAGGCCCUGAACCAUCAGUUUACACUUGAAUGUGAGCUCCCUUUGGUGGUGGCAUUCAAGGCUCCUGAGGACAGACAACUAGUGUAGAUUAACACUUUUGCUAUUAAAGUCUUGACCAACAACCCUAAAUGCCACCAUCUCAUUCCAGCAUAAAGCCAUGAGAAUAAUAUCCAAACUAGAUUCUUUUCUACAUGUUUUUGUGUUUUUAGUUUGUUGUUGUUCUUUUUGUGUAAAACUGUGAGCCACAGAAGUUGACCACUUAACUUCCUUUGUUAUUAGAAGGGGGAAAAAAAUCUUCAACUAGUCUCCAAAAUGCAUACAAAUCCAGUCUCACAACUGAAAUCCCAGCACUUGGGAGGCUGAGACAGGAGAAGCAACUCCAGAUUCUCAUAUUUCCAUGUUAAAUAAACCACUUUUGAAGCAUGAACUGACAGUUUCAUUAACUAUUUCGCCGAAGCAUUUCCGAACCCUUAGGCUCCCGCGUUUAGCACAAAUCUCUGAGAGACACAGUGAGCUCAUAUGACGGGAUUGUAUUGCUUUCUCUACAGGUCUUUCAUGCAAGCAUUUCAGAAAUCCAGUUCUCUUAGAUGGUACGUCUUCUGAAUAUAACCGAGUAGGGUAGCUGGGUCUGCAUUGGGUCGCUGUGCGUAUUGGCUUAGCUAGGUGCUGUGCAUGAUGCUAGCAGAUGGGCUAUGAGGCUGAGAUACUCCUGUAGUCAGCCUAAGUCAGGACUGCCCUGGAAAUGAGGCUGUAUUCCCUUCAUCAGAAAACAUUUACACCAACUGUUUUAAAUGGUUAUGGGUAGUCUCCCCACAAGACAAAGCUGAUAAAAAUUUUGAUUUGCAAUGUGUUCUGUAUUUUCCAAUGUGUCUGUUUAUCUGACUUAUCUAACUCUUUCACCAAUGUUCAUUGGCCAAAUUCAGUGUAAGGAAAGACAGACUAUAGAAGAAUUUGAUGAAUUUUGACAAUCUGUCUUGAGGGUUACCUUCCUCUAUAUUAUUUCAGUCAUUUGGAGUUUACACAGACUGUUUAUGAAAAGCGUUAUUAGUAACUGAGGAACAGCUCAGCAGUAAGGAACGUUCCAGCAUGUACAAGACCUGGGAUUGGUCCUCAGCGCUGAAAAAAGAAAAUGAAGUGAUUCCGUCAGUAUUCUGUUCUAAUACUUGGAGAAUGACCUUCAUGUUUAUAUAUUUUAUGUCUUAUGUUUUAACUAUACAGUGAUAAAAUCCAGGAAAUGUUUUAUAACAAAAUAAACUUUUGUUUGUAAAAUGUUUGUAAUAAUGUAAAAGUGGAUCUUAUACAUGUUCAAUAAAAAGCAGUAUCUCAAAAGUCUA